UAUUUGGUGUAAUCAAUGUACAAUCAUUGAAAACAAUUUAGAUUUUGAACUUUGCAGGUCGCGAAUUAAUAUAUAGUGUCAAAUAGCAGUCGAGUUUUUCAAAGCAUAUAUAUGUAAAUUACUGCGAUUAUGUAUGCGUUUGGAUACGCCGCCGAGCAAUGGAAAAUUCGGUAGAGCAUUCAACUGAAAAUAAUACAGCAUUCUAUGUUAAAGAAAGACUGCAAACGAUAUAUGAUCAACAUAUUUUUUGUAAACGCACGUGUUUCUCUUAUAUUUGUUUUUAAAUGAAAGUUAAUUGAAAAUUGCUUCAUGCGAAGAAUUGCUUGACAUGUUUGAGCUGAAAAUGUCAUUUGUAAAAAUAAAGCAACGUGACGUUGGCAAUAUGUUUGAGAAAAUUGUGCGGUUGAUCUGAAAAAGUAACCUUAGUGAAUGUAAGGGAAGCAGCAUGUUUCGCAAUGUGCGACAACGCGGUUUCAUUCCCAUACUACAAAGCUUCGGGUCGUCUCCUUUGGAAAUGUGGGAUUCAAAAGUAAAGUACGGUUGGAUACGCCGAGUGACGGACGAACAAGUUCGCGCCUUGACCCUCGAGCUUACCAGUACUAACGUCUCAACUUGUUACAUUUACUGUCCGAAAAAUCCAAGGACUUCGCUCGCAAUUCUUAUGCCCAUUUUCGUUAUGAUUGUCAAAAACAUGAAUAGAUACUUUACUCUUGAAAUAACUGUUUUAGACGACCGCAACGUUCAUCGGAGAUUUCGCUUGAGCAACUUCCAAAAAGUGACUCAAAUCCAAUAUUUCACAACGUCAAUGCCGCUGUGUUUGAAAUCUGGCUGGAACGAAAUUUAUUUUGACCUUUCUGACUUGACUCGUAGAGCUUAUAACACCAACUACGUGGAGACCACCAGAGUACAAAUUCACGCUAAUUGUCGAAUACGAGUACUUUACUUUUGCGAUAAACUCUACGAAGACAAGGAUAUACCACAGAAAUUGAAGAUGUUUCUACCGACGACUCACGAUGCUCGUAAAAAAAAAUCAGAAGAUGAGGAGAAGCGUGAACCCGAAAUUAAAGCUGAAACCGAUUUUGAAGGCGAAUCCGAGUUGUCUGAAGAAGAAGCCGAAGAAAUGUUUUUCGGAGAAUCUAUGCAAUCGAUGGCAGAGACAAUGGUAAACCAAGAGAUAGAAUCGGAAACUGCAAUGGCUGUCGAAGAACGAACGAGUUUCGUAUCAGGGAUAGUCACGGAAGAGGAAGAAGAUCUAAGCGCAGAACAUGAAUUUGAGGAGAAGGAAGAAGAAUCGAUCAAAGAAACGCCGGAAACAGAUGUGCAACACUCAGAAGCAGAAGCUGUGGAAGACAACGAAGAAGAUGAGGCUGAAAAUGAAGCUCUAGAGGGUUGA